AGGUUCAGCGUCCCUGCUAACCUGCUCUUGCUUCUUCCAACCCCUUUGCUUCCGCCCUCUCAGUCUGGUUGGCUGACCUUGGCUCAUUUGGUUCAACUCCAGAUCAGCUUCGUGUUGCUUCAACAGACCCUGAUAGCCUUGCUCAACCCAAGGCUACAGCACUUCGGCUUUGCGAAGCGUCUGACAGACGGACAAGCCAACCCGGGGGAGAAGAAGAGAAGGAAAGGUCGAGUCGACAACGACUUGACAAGUCUCUCGAGACAAACACAGGAGACGACAACCAGAGUCUAGACUGACAAAAAUCGCCAUACGCAAUGGCUGACUCUGCCCCCCAGCAGAAUGCCGUCGACGGCAUUCACCACAACCCGGAUCCGGCCCUGGAGCCCGCGCACCAGCACCAGCACCACCACAAGCACCACUCGUCCCGUGUCGACGCCGCUGGCCACGACGAUGCCGUCUACACCAAGGGCGUCAACCUGGACCCGGACCUGGUGCCGGUGCAGGACCACACCCACGACGAGAAGCACCACAUCCCCACGCCCGAGUACAGCGACCACGAAAAGAUUGGCCAGACGGACAUUGUGCGCACCGGCAUCGACUCGGACGAGGCCGACUCGCAGCGCCGCUGGCGCUUUGGCAUUGCCUACCGCCACUACCGCGCCUUUGUCCACAUCUUCAUCUUCCUGCUCUUCACCGGCUGGUGGAUUGCGUCGCUGAUCCUGCACCGCAACGACAAGAACUGGGUCGUGCCCUUCCUGCUGUGGCUGGCCAUCACCAUCCGCCUCUUCUUCUUCCAUGUGCCCAUCCGCUACGUCUCUAACGCCAUCAAGUGGGUGUGGCAGCGCACCGCCCUCGUCAUCUAUGCUCGCAUCCCUCCCAAGGCGCGCACGCCUGCCGGUGCCGCCGUGGCCCUUGCAACUGUCCUGGUCGGCUCCUUUGCCUCUGAGGAGAGCGCCGACAACACGCGCGAGAACCGAGCCGUCAGUCUGUUCGGCAUGCUUGUCAUUCUCUUUGGCUUCUGGAUCACCAGCAACAACCGCAAGCAUGUCAACUGGCGCACCGUCAUUGGCGGCAUGCUGGGCCAGUACAUCAUUGGUCUCUUUGUCCUGCGCACCGGUGUUGGUUACGACAUCUUUAAGUUCAUUGCGGACCGCGCCGGCGACUUGCUCGGCUUUGCCCACGAUGGUGUUGCCUUCCUGACUACCGCUGAUGUGGCCGCGCUCCCCUGGUUCUUCUUUGGCGUCAUCCCCGCCAUCAUCUUCUUCAUCUCUCUCGUGCAGGUCCUGUACUACAUUGGCUUCAUCCAGUGGUUCAUCAAGAAGGUGGCCACUUUUGUCUUCUGGGCGCUCAACGCCUCCGGUGCCGAGGCUGUCGUCGCUGCCGCCACGCCCUUCAUCGGCCAGGGCGAGUCUGCCAUGCUGGUCCGCCCCUUCGUCCCUCACAUGACCAAUGCCGAGCUUCACCAGGUCCUGACCUGCGGCUUCGCCACCAUCUCGGGUUCCGUCCUGGUCGGCUACAUUGGUCUCGGUCUCAAUGCCGAGGCUCUGGUGUCGUCUUGCAUCAUGUCCAUCCCCGCCUCGUUGGCCAUCUCCAAGCUUCGCUACCCCGAGACGGAGGAGACGCUCACCGCCGGCCGCGUUGUCAUCCCCGACGACGAUGAGCACAAGGCUGAGAACGCCCUGCACGCCUUCGCCAAUGGCGCCUGGCUCGGCAUCAAGAUUGGCGGCACCAUCAUCGCCUCGCUGCUCUGCAUUCUCGGUGCCGUCGGUCUCAUCAACGGCCUCCUUACCUGGUGGGGCCACUACAUCAACAUCAACCACCCUACGCUCACUCUCCAGACCAUCCUGUCUUACGUCUUCUACCCGGUUGCCUUUUUGCUCGGUGUUCCCCGCAACGGCGAUCUCCUCCGGGUUGCCAAGCUCAUUGCCGAGAAGGUCAUCACCAACGAGUACAAUGCCUUCAACGCCAUGGCCACCGACCCCUACUACGAGGACAUGUCUCCGCGCUCCCAGCUCAUUGCUACCUAUGCCCUUUGCGGUUUCGGCAACAUUGGCUCUCUGGGUAUCCAGAUUGGUAUCCUCAGCCAGCUGGCCCCUUCGCGUGGCGGUGACGUUUCUCGACUGGCCCUCUCUGCGCUCAUUUCUGGCGUUUUCUCGACGCUGACCUCGGCCUCUGUCGCUGGUCUGGUCGUCACUACCCAGCUCUCCCACUUCACCCGACCUCCUGCGUCUGGUUAGAGUAUUCUUUUUUUUCUCUCUUGUGCGAGCAGUGUUGAUGAUUUGUUCCAUGUUCGGGACGACAUCGUGUGAGUUUUGAAUGAGCAAUUAGCAGAGGAUGAAGAACUCGAGGAAGUGGAAAAGAAGAUACCCCGCCACGAUCUGAGCUCGGAUGUGAGCGGUCAACUUAAGGAGCAUCUUUAAUCGCCGUGAUG